GCCAUCUUGAUUCCUGAAAGGCUGUUUCUGAGGUACGUUGGAGAAGCUUUUAGUAUUCGGCCCUCACCCUUGAUGCAAGCUCCUGUCAAGAAAUCGUGCCUGAACUUUGGGUUCAUUCAGAAGCUUUGACCUGGACAGGACUAAGCCAGCCCAAUUGGAGAGAUAAAAAGUUAGUUGAAUCUGCCUUAGUGCCAUUAGUGUGGAUUGCACAUCUUUAUCCUACGCUUGUUAAGAAAUCAAAUUUAACUUUUAACGGAAUGUUUCUGACUGUGGCACUACUUCGAAACAAGAUUCCUGGGAGACAAUGGAUUGGUAAACACAGACGGCCAAGGAUGGUUACCUAUCAAAUGAAGUGCAAUAUGAUUCGAAGGUUGGAAAUUGAAGCUGAAAAUGAGUAUUGGCUGAGCCAGCCAUACAUGACACAAGAGCAGGAGUAUCGGCAUAAUGAAGAAAAUAGGCGAGCAAAGCGGCAAGAAUUAAUGGCUGCAUUGAGUUCUAAAUUUCCUGAACACAGAUAUGCCACAGAACAUCUAAACCAUCUUAAUGUUUCCAAGAAAUGGGAAACCUCUUAAAUACCAGUUUAUGUAGUUUAUUUAACCCUGAUCAGCUGGACUGUGUACAUACAUGAACAGUGGCAAUUCUCAGUUACAGUAAAGCUUGUAGACAAAUACA